AUGCACGGCAUCCGGGGGGCGAGGGGCAAGAGAGAGGCGCACGGCAUCCGGGGGGCGAGGGGCGAGAGAGAGACGCACGGCGUCCGGGGGGCGAGGGGCGAGAGAGAGACACACGGCGUCCACGGGGCGAGGGGCGAGAGAGAGACGCACGGCAUCCGGGGGCGAGUGGCGAGAGAGAGAGACGCACGGCGUCCGGGGGGCGAGGGGCGAGAGAGAGACGCACAGCGUCCGGGGGACGAGGGGCGAGAGAGAGAGGCAUGGCGUCGGGGGGGCGAGGGGCGAGAGAGAGACACAAGGCGUCCGGGGGCCAGGGGCAAGAGAGAGAUGCACGGCAUCCGGGGGGCGAGGGGCGAGAGAGAGAGGCAUGGCGUCGGGGUGGCGAGGGGCGAGAGAGAGACGCACGGUGUCCGUGGGGCGAGGGGCGAGAGAGAGUCGCACGGCGUCUAG